AUGAACGUUCUGCCAGACAGGUUUUUGAGAGAUCUUCUCACGCUCCGCUCCUUCGGCGCGAGUGGCGUGGGCAAGGGAGUGGUGCGUCCGGCGUUUUCUGAACCAGAUGUGGCUGCCCGAAAGUGGCUGAUCCAACAGUUUGAGGCAACGGGCCUGACCCCACAUGUGGAUCCUGCGGGCAACGUCUUUGGCCUGACCGAUGCUCCAUCCAUGCUUUUGGGGUCUCACACCGAUACCCAACCCGAAGGGGGCUGGCUCGAUGGGGCAUUGGGUGUCAUCGUCGCAUUGGAGAUCGCGCGUGCUGCGAAAGAGGCGGGUGGUCCGCCAGUGUCAGUCGUGAACUUCCAGGAUGAAGAAGGGCGGUUUGGUGCGCUGACCGGAUCCAGCAUUUAUUCAGGCAAGACCACACUUGCCGAGGCCGACGAAUUCACGGACAUGAACGGGCUCUCUUUCCGCGACGCGCGGUCUUCAAUUGCGGAUCUUGCAGGAGUGUGCGUGCCACAUAAGCAGUUCUCGGGUUUCAUCGAGCUGCAUAUUGAACAGGGCAGCACACUGCACGACGCGGGCGAGGCGAUUGGUGUUGUCACAGGUAUUGUCGGAUCCCGACAACUGCAGAUCACGCUGACAGGCCAGCAAAACCACGCUGGAACCACGCUGAUGUACCAGCGAAAAGAUGCGUUUCAGGCGUUGUCGGCAUUCAACGCCGCGCUAAACGACCGCCUUCGAAACAUUGUAACACCGCGCACAGUUUGGACGAUUGGCCGGAUACAACUUAGGCCCAAUGCACCCUCCAUUGUGCCUGGUGAGGUGGUGUUCGACGUGCAAUGGCGCGAUGUCGAUGACGAUCGGCUGGCCCGGAUGGAAUCUCUUGUUCGCGAUCUUGUUGCCGAGAUUGCCGGAGACCACGGAAUGCAGGCUGAAAUUGUGCCGAUCAAGGCGCUGCAGCCGGUUCCAAUGGACGCCAACUUGCGCGCGGCCUUGAGCGCCGCAGCCGAGGCACAGGCCCCGGGUAAAUGGCGCGAGAUGCCGUCGGGCGCCUUGCACGACGCUUCAAACAUGGCGCGGUUGAUGCCGUCAGCGAUGUUGUUUGUUCCGUCGAUAGACGGGAUCAGCCACGAUUUUGCCGAAGACACGCACGAGGCCGACUUGAUAACCGGCUUGCGUGUGCUGGCGGACGCCGUCAGCCGACUAAACUGA